AUGACUGACAAAACUCCAGAGUGCGAGAGUGAGACAACAUCUAAUAACAAUUUGUGCAAGCGCGGUUGUGGAUUUUAUGGCAGUGUUCAAUUUAAUGACAUGUGCUCCAAGUGCUAUAAGGCUUGCUUGACUUCCGAAAAUUCCUCUCAGAUACCAGUUAGUGGGUCUACCUCUACCACUGCUACUUCUACUGCCGCUGGUUUCACUCACAAAGCACCCAAUCAGUUACCCCUCCCGAGUGACUUGGAUUUGGUAAAGAAACCCCCUUUACCUCGAUCAGAAUCCUACCAUCUCAAACGCAAACUUCCUACUUCCGAAAGUUCAGAUUCCUUAUUUUCUACUGAAUCAGAAAAAUCAACACAAAGUGAACCGACCAGAAAUCGUGCAAUUAAUCGUUGCUCCUUGUGCAAGAGAAGAGUUGGUCUUACAGGCUUUCACUGUCGUUGUGAGGGCUUAUUUUGUUCACUCCAUCGAUACGCAGAUCAGCAUGAUUGCAGCUUUGAUUAUCGCAAACAGGGUCAGGAUCAAAUCGCCCGUGAAAACCCCGAACUAAAGUACAGCUGUCGUAUUUAUGUGCGAUUGAUUUUGUCUCCUAACUGGGUUAUUGGUGAUCCUGAUGGCUGUGACACAGUUGUUGCUAAAUAG